GGUGCUGACUUCCUGUUAUUAGAGGCGCGGGUAGGGGGCUGGCCGCUCGGUUUGCGAUUGUCUGGGGGCACCCUGGGGCAGCCCCGGGAGCGGCUGACCCUCUGCCUGCAGGGACGGGAGUCGCGCAGUGGCCGUCAUGGCGGUGUCGGAGAGCCAGCUCAAGAAAAUGGUGUCCAAGUACAAAUACAGAGACCUAACUGUACGUGAAACUGUCAAUGUUAUUACCCUCUACAAAGAUCUCAAACCUGUACUGGAUUCCUAUGUUUUCAAUGAUGGCAGUUCCAGAGAACUAAUGAACCUCACUGGAACAAUUCCUGUGCCUUAUAGAGGUAACACAUACAAUAUUCCAAUAUGCCUGUGGCUGCUGGACACAUACCCAUAUAAUCCCCCUAUCUGUUUUGUUAAGCCUACUAGUUCAAUGACUAUUAAAACAGGAAAGCAUGUUGAUGCAAAUGGGAAGAUAUAUCUUCCUUACCUACAUGAAUGGAAACAUCCACAGUCAGACUUGUUGGGGCUUAUUCAGGUCAUGAUCGUGGUAUUUGGAGAUGAACCUCCAGUUUUCUCUCGUCCUACUAUUUCAGCAUCCUAUCCAUCAUACCAGGCAACAGGGCCACCAAAUACUUCCUACAUGCCAGGCAUGCCAGGCGGAAUCUCUGCAUAUCCAUCUGGAUACCCUCCCAAUCCCAGUGGUUACCCUGGCUGUCCUUACCCACCUGGGGGUCCAUAUCCUGCCACAACAAGUUCUCAGUACCCCUCGCAGCCUCCUGUGACCACGGUUGGCCCUAGCAGGGAUGGCACCAUCAGCGAGGACACCAUCCGAGCCUCUCUCAUCUCAGCGGUCAGCGACAAGCUGAGAUGGCGGAUGAAAGAAGAGAUGGAUCGCGCCCAGGCAGAGCUCAAUGCUCUGAAAAGAACAGAGGAAGAUCUGAAAAAAGGCCACCAGAAACUGGAAGAGAUGGUUACCCGCUUAGAUCAAGAAGUUGCUGAGGUUGAUAAAAACAUAGAACUUUUGAAAAAGAAGGAUGAAGAACUCAGUUCUGCUCUGGAGAAAAUGGAAAAUCAAUCUGAAAACAAUGAUAUUGAUGAAGUUAUCAUUCCCACAGCCCCACUAUACAAACAGAUCCUAAAUCUGUACGCAGAAGAAAAUGCAAUUGAAGACACUAUCUUUUACCUGGGAGAAGCCUUGAGGCGAGGAGUGAUAGACCUGGAUGUCUUCCUGAAGCACGUACGGCUCCUGUCCCGUAAACAGUUCCAGCUGAGGGCACUAAUGCAAAAAGCAAGAAAGACUGCCGGUCUCAGUGACCUGUACUGACUUCUGAUACCAGUUGGAGAGAGAGCUCUUCCUAAGACAUUCUUUUCUUCUCUUCCUUUCUCUUAUCGGUAGGUGCCCGAAAUAAGUUAUUGCAGUUUAUCAUUCAAGUGUAAAAUAUUUUGAAUCAAUAAUAUAUUUUCUGUUUUCUUUUGGUAAAGACUGGCUUUUAUUAAUGCACUUUCUAUCCUCUGUAAACUUUUUGUGCUGAAUGUUGGGACUGACCAUGCUAAAUAAAACUUGUUGCAUAAUU